AUGGCCCCAGAACAAAACAAAGAACAAAUGAUCCGAGGCAUUGAGAAAAUCAUUCAAUAUACAUUUGAAGACAAAAACAUCAUUUGGGAGGCUUUGCAGGCCCCAGGAUCGGGCUACCGCAUGUCUGGAACUCGUCAUAUCGAUUCAAAGGGCAAAAAACGAAUGGCGGUGGUUGGCGAUGCUUGGGCAAGAGUCGUAAUACUUGAGGAAUGGUUUGUACGUACGACUAAUCAUCCCAUCAGGCCCUCGAGAAUCGGUAA